AGCAGAGUACAACAUAAAUAUAACUCUUAUGUUACGUGAAUUCCCCAAUUGCGUGUAUUAAGGAUAAUAAAACUUUCUUUAGAAAACACUAAUCAGGAAUGAAAAGUAAUAAAGCGACAGAAAACAGAGUUUCGUAAGAAUAAUAAGAUCACGUGGUAUCGUCGACGAAAUACGAGUACGAGCAGAGCGAUCGAUCGAUUCCGAACAGCUGUGCAUCGCAUGGCGAAAACUUGGCUGAGUAUAAUCAGCCUCCUAGAGUAAUAUCUUAUUGUUUAGGAAUUAGUCAUAUCGAUAAAGAAUCGUAGGUCGAUCGUGAACAAAUUGAAACAUUCGUUAAACGUAUUCACCCGUGAUAUCGAUUAUUCCAAAGCAGAGAAACAAACCGGCCGGUGAAACUGUUUGUUUCGUGACGUUACUACAGCAUCGCACGUGAGCCAUACAAAUAAUAAAAGGUGCCAAAACUAUGACCGAUUCGGUUGGUAGGAAAAAAUGGCCGUCUGCUGAAAAAUUUUUGGCCAAUCUCGAUUUAUCGGGCGAGAAAAGUACUUUAAACGAAUCAAAUUUUCGCGUGAUUUGCGCAGCCCUGUUCUCACCGGACGAGAUCCAGCAGAAUGAUUGGAGGAUUCAGGAUAUUUUUAGUUUAUUCGAUCGCGAUCGCGACGGCGUACUGGAAGGACAAGAAUGGAAAACAUUCUACGACUGGUUGCGGACAAUGAUCGAACCCGUGACCGCUCUACUCGUCGUGGACGUUCAAAACGAUUUUAUCGACGGAACUUUGGCACUCCGUGACUGCGGAUGCAAUCAGGACGGAGUGGACGUUGUCGAGCCGAUAAAUCGUCUGAUAAAAGAGGGUCAGUUCAAUAAAAUUAUCUACUCGCAGGACUGGCACCCGGGAAAUCAUAUCAGCUUUUACGAAAAUUUGCAUUUACGAGAGCUCCAUCCGGACUCGAAGGUGACAAAGGAAAAUGCUAAACCGUUCGACACAGUGAUAUUCGCGGAACCUCGUUCGGAGCAAAUACUAUGGCCCAGGCAUUGCGUGAUGAACACAUGGGGGUCACAGUUGCAUAAAGACCUUGUGAUUGCUCCAGGUACAGAACAGGUGCGAAAGGGCGAUAAUCCGGAAGUGGACGCUUACUCGGUGUUUUACAAGUCCGAGAAUUCGAUAGAGUUGGAAGCAAUUUUACGGAAAGCGAGCGUCACGCACGUGUACAUUUGCGGUAUCGCUUACGACGUUUGCGUGAAAGCCAGUUCGUUGGACGGGCUUCGAUUGGGGUAUCCGUUGGCCGUGAUCGAUGAUUGUUGUCGCGGCGUCAACACGGACGACAUCGAGGCCGCUAAAAAGCUGAUCUCGGAGAACGGUGGUCUGAUCACUAACAGCGACCAUGUUCUAGCUCUGGUGAACGAGACAAAACGAAGUCUUGUUAUGAGCCAUCAAUCCGCCAAGAUGAUAUACUCGGUUUCGUUAUCCGAAAGUUCUCAGAAUGGGCGUGAUUUGAUACAGCAUGUAUCAGAUCCCGAGUAGAGCUAUAAAGGAAUGCUUAUAGAAAUUAGUUAAUUACUUUCUCAGAUAUUAUGGAAGAAACCAUUCUCUACAACAUUCUAGACACUAUAGUAUACCUGAAAAAAGUUUAAUUUCUGUACCUGAAAGAAAGGAAUUGUCAGAUUCAAUUUCCUAAACAUGUUGCCUCAAGAAAUAAUAGUUUAGGCUAGAUGAACGUGUUAGAAAAGUAUAUCAGGUAUGAUUGUAUAGAUAUAUUUAAAACGUGCACGUAUUAUUUAUAUUUUUAUUUAGAUUAAACACGUAUGUACGUACAUACACGUAGCGUCAAUAGCAUUUUAACAAAAGAGACGCGUUGAACGUAUCUAGUGGCGUAGGCGAUAUCUUAAGAAUUGUCUCGCAAGAAAUUGGAACCGUAAACAUAUUAUCGAGCUUUAGAUUCGACGAUACGCUGGUGUGUUGUUGCAGUUCCGAGUACACGGUAUACAUAAACAGCGAUUGUUAAUUCCGAGG